AUGCUUUGUAAAAGUCUCUGUUUCUUUCUCCUCUUCACAGCUGCUGCAGCGACGAUUUCCGAUGGCUUUUAUCAACAUAUUUUGGAGAAUUUUGGAAAGGAAAUAGCCGAGACGGUGGCCAGAAAAGAUGUGGGAGAGAAGGGAAGUUUCGGAGGUGGGGAAAGUGUUGGGCCGAUCAGGCAAAAGUGAGUUUUUCUACAAAAGUUUUGAGGCGAAAUCAAUGUGAUUUUGGUUAAAAAAUAAAAAGUUAAGAACUGUCUUGAAAUUUGGCCAAAGUUGACGUAAAAAUUGUCGAAGAGAUUUCUGAAACUUUUUGCUCGCGCUUUACAGAAAUAACCGAGAUUUUUAGACCGGAAGUUAGUAAAAAUGUAAUUUUUUUUGCGAAUUUUGCCAUGAAAAGUUGCAUGCAUGUUUCUAACAUAGAGAGUAAUCUUUUCACAAAAAAAUAAUUUUUUCCGCACGAAAUUGGCAAAGAUAUGGCCAAAAAGUGGUUUUUCUCCCCGACUCUCCGCAUUUCGCGUGCUCUCUCGGCGAAAAAGAUCGUUCAAUAUCUCAGAUCUUCCUGAAAAUCGUGGGCUAAAACUUUCAGGAAUUGAUAUCUGACCUAUGCCCAAAGUGUGUGCAAAAUUUAGAGAAAAUCUGAGCGUCGCACUUGGGGAGACUUCCCAUAUGAGCAGGGCUCAAAAUUAAUCAAUAAAUUUCAGCAAAAUCCCGAUUGUCUUUGCGCACGGCCAAACGCGGCUGGCCGGGUAUCUAAACUACAUCCUAACUAACUUCCUCGACAAUGGCUACACAUUCGAUGAGCUUUAUGCCACUACUUAUGGCACAAAUGUAACUUUAGAGAACUAUUUCUCGGAUAAAGUCCAUUGUCACUACAUCAAAGCGUUGCGUUGGCUGCUGGAGGCAGUUUUAUCCUACACACAGCACGAGCAGAUCGAUGUGAUCGCCUUUUCGAUGGGCGCCGGCAUGAUUCGGAAGGUGGGAGUUUGUAUAUGUAGGGUUAAAAAAUUGGUGCUAUCAGUCUGUCGGGAAAAUAAUGAGCAUUCUGUCGCAGCGAAAAUCGCAUCGCCGCCGAGAAAAUGAAUUGUCUUCGUGACAAAAUCAAAUUGUUUUUCACUUCAGCGAUGCAAUUUUUGAUGCAAUAUAGUGCUCAUUAUUUUCCCGACAGACGGAUAUUUCGGCUGAAAGUGGUCUCUUCAGACCUCUGAAAGUUCGUUAUAGCGAGGUUCCGCUCAACGGGAGCUUGUUGUAAAUGGAUUCCACUGUAUGUAUUUUUGAUAGCGGAAAUGACAAAUGUCUAUAAUUGAAGUUUAUUACAACGAACUCUUGUGCAAAACCUGUCUAUAACGAACCAUUUUUUCAAGAAUCGAUUUUGGGACAAAAUCAAUCUUCGCGGAACGAAACUUGACCUUGACAGUGUAUUAUCAGGCGGUCGGGAAAAUAAUGAGCAGAAUGUCGCUGUGGCGUCGCUGAAGUGAAAAGCAAUUUGAUUUUGCCCUCGACACAAUUCAUUUUCUCGGCGGCGGCAAAAAACGUAUAAUUUUGCGUCCGGGAGGUAUCGAAAAUGUGGCAAAAUGCCUCCCUCUCCAACCAAAAAAAACUCCGUUUUGAAGGGCUCCCUCAAAAAAGAGCGGGCGCGCUUUUGACAAGGAAAGUACUUUUAUGGGGGCUCCUACUUUUUGACGGGACAUAUCUCAAAAAAUCAGAAAAAAUGUGCUGAUCAAGGAUAUAUAAAUCUUAGCUGCCCAUUUUAGGUUUUUAGGGGUGAAAACUCAAUCGGAAGUUGACUUAAAGUCCUAUAUAAACCCCUUUUCGCUUAAUUUUUCACAGGUUUACAAUUUUUAUUUUGGCUUAAAAUGAUGUUUAUUGAGUUUCUAAGACGUAAUAAAUCAGUCUUGGCACAAAAAUUUAUUUUUCCAACCUUCAUCUUCAAAAAAAGUUGAUUCGGCCCAAAAGGGAUAUCGAACCCGUGCGGCGUUCCCCCUCUUGAUUCCCAGACUACGGCCCUAGCCACUCGGCCACACCGCUCUCUUCCGAAGGAAGAGGCCGGCUGCGCUUUUUAUCGUUUCGAAUGCCUCCGCCUUUUGUAGGGAAAUUAAGCCAGUUUUUGGGCAUUUUCACCCCUAAAAACCUAAAAUGGGCAGCUAAGAUUUAUAUAUCCUUGAUCAGCACAUUUUUUCUGAUUUUUUGAGAUAUGUCCCGUCAAAAAGUAGGAGCCCCCAUAAAAGUACUUUCCUUGUGAAAUCGGAGUUUUUUCACUUGGAGAGGGAGGCAUUUUGCUGCAUUUUUGAUACUUCCAGGAUCCAAAAUGGUACGAUUUUGGCGAAUGGAUCAGUUCGCCACUGUAUCUCCAUUUCUUCAGGCAAUCCUUGGAGGCCAAUGUGUCGAGACGAAAGAAGAUCUAGGCGAGCCGCUCACCCACAAAAUCAGAAACUACAUUAGCGUUGUGGGCGUUCAACGAGGCUUGGCCAAGUGCGACAAAGUCAAAGAAUACAUCCCACUCUGCAACGAGAACAACGGCCUCUUCUGUGACAGUGAUUACAACAAAGAUAUCAACGAUGUCAAGUGAGGGCUCUUCCCGAAUUUUUUGAAGUUUCUUUUGCUUGAAAGAGAUGUUAUAAUAUUUUUAGGUCCGGAUACGAAGCAACCGAGCGAAUUGUCGCUAUAGAAUCAACGGCUGAUGAUCUUUUAGCCGCCACAACUUCUUGCGAGGCAAAUGCAGCGACAUUUCGCGGAGUCAACGAGCUGUAUACGGUAGGUUUAUGAGUUGGGUUUGGAGAUAAAAUGAUAUAGUAAAUAUUCAAAGUGGUGUCAAGUCUGACCCUCUAUGAGUCAAGUUUUUCUCUCUCGAAACUUGAACCGAAAUCUCAGUUUGUCGGGAAAAUAAUAAGUUCUAUAUUGCGUCUGAAAUAGCAUCGCUGAAGUGAAAAGCAAUUUGAUUUUGUCGCGACAUAAUUCAUUUUCUCGGCGGCGAUUUUCGUUGCGACAGAGUGCUCAUUAUUUUCCCGACAGCCUGAUAUUUUUCCGCAAAAAGUUUUGUUGAUAAGUUAGGUACACAAAGUCCUUAUUUUUAGGCGUUUGCCGACGUAUUUUUAAGGGGUUUCUUUUUGAGAGAGCACGAGAAAUUAGGAGAGUCGGCUAGACGAAAAAUGGCUUCUUUUUGAAAGACAGGAUAGGUGCUUUGCGACGCUCCGAUUUAGAUGAAAAUUGGCACAAAUUUAGAGUAUUGUUUUGAAAAAAUGAUGUGAGAUUCUGAGCUCGCGCUUUGCAGAAACAGCCGAGAUUUUUAGAUCGAAAGUUGGAAAGUCAAUUUUUUCUAAACGAAGCUGGCAAAGAUAUGGCCAAAAAGUGCCUUUCUCUGACCCUCUGACCGCUCUCCGCCUUUCGCGUACUCUCUCGGUCGCAAAGAUCGUUGAAUAUUUCGGCUGCGUCUUCAUAGCGAGAGCUAAAACUUUCUGGAAUUGAUGUGGCCUAUGUGAUAAAAGAAUGUUAAAAAAUUUUUAACAAAACCUGAGCGUCGCGUCUCACUUGGAAGCCUUUCCUUGUGAAGAGCAAAUCUGAGCGUCGCACUUACUUUGCUUGUUAAACAAAUAUUUUUCCCCACUGUAAAAGUAUUCGCGAUUUCAGCUGCACAACCUCGACCAUCGGGAAGCGACUUGGUUUCUGGGUGAAAUGAUCUACAACGUCUCUCAAGAAUUGCCACUUAUGGACCUGGAGAAGAUCUCAGAGAUUGCUGGCAAAAAUGCCAGGAUCAUUAGCGACAGAGAUCUUGGGAUUGUCCAGUAA